AUGAUAUGCACAGGCUCGGCAUGCUGUGUCGACGAGAAGAAAGUCAGUGAACUCUCUUCGCAUCUAAACGAGUGUAGCGGUGACACCGGUCUCUACCUACUCAUUGAGCACUGUGCAGUGAUAAUCAUCGUUGAUUCUGGAUUAGAUUUCCUCGGAUCACCUUAUUUAGAUGCCCAUGGUGAAGAAGAUUCCAGUCUAAAGAGAGGUGUACCAUUAUUUUUAUCUAAAGAUCGUUAUAAUUUGAUAAACAAUAUCGUUUUAAAGGCAAACGGUCCAAAAGUAAUCGGUCCAACCAUGAGAUAUGCAUUACAAAAUGUUGUAAGAGGUCUAAAUUAA